AUGCAGCAGUUUCGUAAGCUGAGGAUACACAUCGCUGUUCUCAGCAACGGCAUCUACGACACCUUUGAGGCUUCAGGGAACGCGGCAAGUGACCCGAGCUUGCAACGGUCGAACGAAACAGGGGACGGUGAGGAGGAGGAGCCUUUCCUUGAAGUCUCCUCCAGGUCGAUGGAUCCUUUCAACCCAAACUUGGCGGAGCAGGACGAGAUGUUCCACCAUGAGAGACUUUCUACCGGGUCACAGGUCCCGUUAUGA